ACCCACCGAAGUUGACUAAAUGCCCGUGGGAAGAUAUUUUAUUACAGUGAAUCAAGCCAAAAUAGUGCCAUCAAACCUUGUAUUGAAUUACAAGUAAAUCCAUCUUCAACAAAGGACAAUCAUUACCUUUUGUUAAUGUCAACCCUGUUCUGUCUGCAUUUACGCUUAGCCACUCAUUCACAUAAAUAAGCUGAACUUCCAAUUCAAAAUCCUUUCUUCUCGUCGGUCACUUCCUUUCCAACCAUGCCAGUGAUAGAAACACUUGGUGGUGCUCUCUUUGGUGCUGUCCUUCAGCUGCUGUUUGACAGGCCUGAUUCUCAUCAUGUUUUUGACUACUUUCGUCGAAGAAAGCUCAAUGAGAAGCUACUGUACAAGUUGAAGGUGAAGCUGUUGUCCAUCAAUAAUGUGAUCGAUGAUGCAGAACAAAAGCAGUUCAGUAAUUCUUAUGUGAAAGCAUGGCUUGACGAGGUCAAAGAUGCUGUGUUCGAUGCAGAGGAUCUGCUGGAUGAAAUAGACUAUGAAUUUUGCAAAUGCAAGUUGAAAGCUGAAUCCCACACUCGCUCUAAAAAGGUAUGGAAAUUCUUCAAGCCUUCUUCCAAAAGUUUCUUGGACAAGAAAAUUGAAUCAAGGAUGGAGCAAGUCCUUGAGCAAAUAGAAUUUCUUUCAAGCCAAAAGGGUGAUCUAGGUUUGGAAUAUGUUAGUUGUGUUGGUGUUGGACCAGAGUCGGUUAGUAAAGUGACACAGAAACUGCCAUCAACAUCUUUGGUGGUUGAAAGUGUUGUUUAUGGCAGAGAGGAUGAAAAAGAAAUGAUUCUUAAUUGGCUAAGUUCUGACACUGACAAUCAUAGCCAGCCUGCAGUACUUUCUAUUGUAGCUAUGGGUGGGAUGGGUAAGACUACACUUGCCCAACAUGUUUAUAACGAUCCAAGGAUUGAGGAGGCUAAAUUUGACCUCAAAGCCUGGGUCUGUGUUUCAGAUGAAUACGAUGCUUUCAAGGUAGCCAGGGAAAUUCUUCAGGCAAUCAAUAACUCAAUUGAUGAUAGCAGAAACCUAGAAAUGGUUCAGGUACGAUUGAAAGAAAAACUGACAGGAAAGAAGUUUCUCUUCGUUCUGGAUGAUGUUUGGAACGAAGAUCGAGACCGAUGGAAACCUUUGCAAACUCCUCUUAAAUAUGGGGCCAAGGGAAGUAAAAUUCUUGUCACAACACGCAGUAGCAAAGUUGCUACUACCGUGCAGUCACAUAAAGUACACGAACUAAAGCAGUUAGAAGAAGAUCAUAGUUGGCAAGUUUUUGCUAAACAUGCAUUCCAAGAUAAUAAUUAUCAUUUGAAUGUUGAAGUGGAGAAAAUUGGUAAAAAGAUAGUUGAAAAGUGCAAAGGAUUGCCUCUGGCCUUGGAAACAAUUGGAUGUCUAUUACACACAAAGUCAUCUGUUUCAGAAUGGGAGAGUGUAUUGAUAAGCAAAAUAUGGGACUUACCCAGAGAAGAUAGUAAAAUCAUCCCUGCUUUAUUGUUAAGCUAUUACCAUCUUCCUUCGCAUCUCAAGAGAUGUUUUGCUUAUUGUGCUUUAUUCCCCAAAGAUCAGGAGUUUCACAAAGAGAGUUUAAUUUUGUUGUGGAUGGCUGAAAAUUUUCUACAAUGUUCUCAGCAAGGUAGGAGUCCAGAAGUAGUUGGUGAGCAGUAUUUCGAUGAACUAUUAUCAAGGUCCUUCUUUCAAAAAUUAAUUCAAGACAACAAAACAUACUUUGUAAUGCACGACCUUCUCAACGAUUUGGCAAAAUAUGUUUGUGGGGACAUAUGUUUUAGGUUUGGAGUUGAUGAAGAAAAGAAGACACUAGUAAAAACCCGUCACUUGUCGUUGGUAACAAAUGAAGAUCAAUAUUCUGAUGGGUUUAGGAGUUUGUAUGAUGCUAAAGGGCUACGUACAAUUAUGCCAACAAGUAGAAGAAUAAACAUUGAUUAUUAUUGGGAUUGCAAGAUGUCGAUGAAUGAAUUAUUCUCCAAGUUUAAGUUCUUACGCGUCUUGUCUCUGUCUUGCUGUCGUGGCCUUAAAGAGGUUCCUGGUUUGGUAGGUGAUCUUAAGCAUCUGCGUUCACUUGACCUUUCAGGCACCCUUAUAGAAAAGCUCCCUGAUUCAAUAUGCUCACUCUAUAACUUGCAAAUACUGAAGCUGAAUUCUUGUUUCAAUUUGAAGGUGCUGCCUUCUAAUUUGCAUAAACUCACCAAUUUGCGUUGCCUUGAACUUAUGAAAACUAAUGUGAUAAAGAUGCCAGUGAAUAUAGGAAAGCUGAACAAUCUUCAAGUGUUGAUGAGUUCUUUUCGGGUUGGUGAAAGUAGUGAGUUCACUAUUCAACAGUUAGGAGACCUUAGUCUACGUGGAGGGCUAACAAUUGAGGAUCUGCAGAAUAUUUUGAAUCCCCUGGAUGCAGUGGCAGCUGAUUUGAAAAGUAAAAGAAAUCUUGUUGAGCUAACGUUAAAAUGGAACCAUAGCUGGAACCUUGCGGAUUUAAUAAAAGAAAGAGAAGUCCUUGAGAAUUUGCAACCUUCAAAACAUUUGGAGAAGUUGUCUAUUUGGAACUACGGCGGUAUACAAUUCCCAAGUUGGUUAGCCAAUACUUCAUUGUCGUUUAUGGUGUCCUUAAGCUUAGAAAACUGUAAUUUCUGCACACGUUUGCCUCCUCUUGGACUUUUUCCAUAUCUCAAGGACCUUACUAUUAGUGGGAUGGGUGAGGUUGUGAGCAUUAAUGCUGAUUUCUUUGGGAGUACAUCUUCUUCAUUUUCAUCCUUGGAAACAUUGAAGUUCUCGUUUAUGUAUGGAUGGGAAAAUUGGGAAUGUCAAGCUGUGACAGUGACAGAUGCUUUUCCACGUCUUCAACAUCUUUCUAUAAGACACUGUCCCAAGCUGAAAGGAGACCUACCAGAGAAACUUCUUCAGCUGAGGAAGCUACUUAUAUGUGAGUGCAAGGAACUUGUAGCUUCUGCUCCUGUGGCCCAAGAAAUUUUUGAAUUAGACCUACAAGACUGUGGAAAGCUGCAGUUUGAUUAUCAUCCAACAUCUUUGAAAAGGCUAACGGUUACUGGAGACAGCAGCAUGCAGUUGUCUCUUGAUUUCUUAAGCAAAUCAAAGACAAAUAUUCCCGUGAGCUGUUAUGAUUUUCUUGAAACACUGGACAUCAAUGAUGGUUGUGACUCUCUUAUGAGCAUUUCCCUGGACUGUUUCCCAAAACUGCUUCGGCUUUGCCUCAAGUAUUGUCAUAAUUUACACACUAUUUCACAGGGUCGCAUUCAUAAUCAUCUCAAGGAUCUGCAAAUUAUUGCGUGCCCUCAAUUCCAAUCAUUUCCUGAUGAAGGAUUAUCAGCACCCAUGUUAGAGAGCUUUGCCAUGAAAAGAUUGCCCAAACUGAAAUCAUUGCCUCAACACAUGCAUAUUCUCCUUCCAUCUCUGACUAGUCUGUUGAUACAUGAUUGUCCACAAAUGAAGAUUCUCUCUGAUGAAGGCUUGCCAUCAAAUCUGGAAAAUAUGAAUAUCUCAAAUUGCUCUAGACUUGUUGCCUCACUGAAAGGGCCAUUGGGAGCAAACACCUCUCUGCAAACCUUGUCUGUUCAAGAAGUGGAUGUGGAGUCUUUUCCCAGUGAAGGAUUUUUGCCGAUCUCUCUUACUUGUCUAAUAAUCCGUGAUUGCCCUCAUCUUAAAACACUAAACUACAAGGGUCUCUGCAAUCCCUCCUCGCUUAAGAAAUUGACACUUUUUGAUUGCCCCAACAUUCGAUGCUUACCUGAAGAGGGUCUGCCCAAAUCCAUUUCAACUUUCCGGAUUUUGGGCAAUUGCCCUCUGCUCAAAGAGAGUUCCCAGAAACCACAAGGCCAAGACUAAGGAAUGAUUUCUUUUACCUGUCACUGCAACCACUUUCGUUAUAAACUAAAACUUUUUCUUUCUCUUCUCUCUGAUCAUAUAUAUCACAAAUGUUUAAUAUCAUUGUGCUCCACCGUGUAGAUGAAUCUUGUCUAAGUACAUUUUUAUUAAUUUCGUCUUCAUAUUUGCUGACAAUGAAGACACCGAGAAAAUGGUGGUCGUGAAACUCAAAUGUUCUGGCAAUGAAAAGAAAAAGACAGAACCUGGAAUUUGAUUUAGGGAUGACCAACUUCCUACCGAGCCUUUGCAAGUAACUAAUGAGAUGCAGAGUAGCUAGGUACAUUUUAGUCUGGGAGAUGGUUAUUAUACUUUGUUUUAGACAUUGGUCUUUCGUGUGCAAACACCUAUGAAUAUGUC